CAGGUUAUUUUGUCGCUGUGCAGAGGAAGAAUUUUAUAAUAUGUGAAAUUAUAAGUGAUAUAUUAUCAAAUCGUCCGUGACAUCAUCCACAUGAUACUAAUAAAUCGUCUUUCUUUAGAAAAAGCCCGUUAGAAAUAGGACAGUAAAUGACAAUCAAUGCUCAGUUACGCACGUUUACAUUCACGCUCGCUUCGACAUAUUAUUGUUGAAAGUGACACGUGAAGUGACACGUGCAUAUAAAUAUUCUUGUAUUCAGCAAGUUUGUUGUGUCUUUAUGCGGCUAUUUUGAUAUGUACCAAGCUUGGUUGUUAAACAUUGUAUCUAGUUAUUCACCUUGGUCCAGUUUCGUCUUGAUACAUGUACGAAACAGUCAAGAAAUUUAAUAACAGGGAAGGAGGAAAUCGUAUUGUAAGGAUAUCAACAUAUUAGAAUGGAUUCAGGUAAUAUAAACAACUGUGGAUUGUCCAGAGAGUGUGAUUUUAUGCAAGAGUUCAUGGAUUUAGAGGAGUUUUUAGAUGCUUCAACGAAUAAUGUAACAUCACCUCAUGCUAGAGGAAACAUUUCUCCCUCGGGGAGAGAUACGUCUUUGGAUACUACGACGUCCGCCAACGAAGAACAGGGAUUACAAGGACAGAAUAUGGAUAAGUCAUUAUAUGAUCCAAUUCCCCAUAUCGAUGAUCUCGUUCAAAGCAAUCUCACUUGUUCCAUAGCCAACGACGGUACACAAUGCACAACAGAUACAUCAGAUCGCCAUUCAUUACUCGAUAAUGGUGGGAUUAAAGAUCAAAGGUACUGGGAUCGGAGAGUGAAAAACAACAUUGCUGCGAAAAGAUCGCGCGAUGCGAAGCGAUUGAAGGAAACAACGGUUGUGAAGCGAUGGACACAUCUCGAGGAGGAAAAUAAACGGUUGAAAGAACAAAUUUUGGACAUGCAGAAACGCUUAAAAACUGCAACUGAAGAAGUAGAAUAACAUUACCGUUUUUUAAACAGACGA